GUGGCGGCUCUAGAAGCAUGCUGUGACUACCUCUGGACGCCUGGACCCACAUUCUAAUCCACAGCAGUGACACCGAGGUCUUGGAGGCAAGACCAGUGCCUAAAGGAGUUACCAUGGCUGGUAUAAAGACAGCCACUGGGGAAUAUAUCGAUGACUCUUGGGAGCUCAGCGUGUUCGUGGAAGAUCUGGGGCCUCAGGCUGACCCCGUCCCCCUCCGGGUCUCUGGUAGCAUGCAUAUCGGAGGCGUCAUGCUCCAAAUAGUAGAUAAAUUAAAGCUGCAGCGGGACUGGUCAGACCAUGCCCUAUGGUGGGAGCAGAAGAAAAUGUGGCUCUUGAAUACACACUGGAGUCUGGAUAAAUAUGGGGUUUUGGCUGAUGCCCGCUUGCUGUACACGCCGCAGCAUAAACCAGUGCGUCUGUCCUUACCAAACCAGUGUGUCGUUCGUAUCCGAGCCAACUUUGCCCGGCCCGUCUUCAGUGCAGUGAUUGACAUCUGCAGGGUACUUGGUAUCCGUCAUCCCGAGGAACUGUCGUUGCUACGUGCACCUGUGGAGAAGGACAAGCGGAAGCAGAAGGAGAAAGAAGGAACUGCCACACAGACCUAUGACCUGACAGGAGUGCGGCUCCCAACAAAUGCAGAACAGCAGCUCUUCCGCGGGAUGCCUGCUCACUUUUCGGACAGCGCCAACACCGAAGCCUGUUACAGGAUGCUGUCGGUCAGUCAGACCGGACUGACGCCAGAGCAGAUCUUGCGCAUGCACCGGCCAGGAUCCUUAGUUGAGAAGACUCAGAUUAACAGCAGGUGGUUGGAUUCCUCGCGGACCUUGCUGCAGCAAGAUAUCAAGGAAAACGAUCAUCUGUGGCUACGCUUCAAGUACUACAGUUUCUUUGACCUAGAACCAAAGUAUGAUGCUGUGCGGAUCAACCAACUGUAUGAACAGGCACGCUGGGCUGUGCUUCUAGAGGAGACAGAUUGUACAGAGGAAGAGAUGGUGGUCUUUGCUGCUUUGCAGUAUCGGAUCAACCAGCUGUCCCUGAACACCAACCCUGCAGACCACGCUGGAGACUCCGGCCUCGAUGACUUGGACGCAGCUCUUGCCACACUGGAGGUCAAACUGGAAGGAAAAUCAACAACUCUGAAUGUUCUGGACAGCCUCACAGCUAUCCCAGAGUUGAAGGAUUACCUCCGAAUACUCAGGCCUCGCAAGCUGACACUGAAAGGUUACAAGCAGUAUUGGGUCACCUUCAAAGAGACCUCCAUCUCCUACUACAAGAGUCCAGAGGAAGCCCUGGGGGAACCGGUGCAACAGCUCAACCUGAAGGGUUGUGAGGUAGUACCCGAUGUCAAUAUCUCAGGGCAGAAAUUCUGCAUCAAGCUAUUGGUUCCUUCACCGGAUGGGAUGAGUGAACUUCACUUGCGUUGUGCAGAUGAGCAGCAGUAUGCUCACUGGAUGGCUGGCUGCCGGCUGGCAGCAAAGGGUAAAACCAUGGCAGAUGCAUCGUACCAGGCUGAGGUGCAGAACAUCCUAUCCUUUCUACAGCUGCAGCGGGCCAACCCGGACGCACCCCUUGCCCCUGAAGCCGAGGGUGCCCAAUGGCUGGUGUCGCCCCGUUACCAGAAGAAAUUCAAACCCAAGCAGUUAACCCCACGUAUCCUGGAAGCCUAUCAGAAUGUGGCUCAGCUCUCGCUCACUGAUGCCAAGAUGAAAUUUAUCCAGGCCUGGCAGUCGCUCCCUGAUUUUGGCAUCUCUUACUUUGUGGUCAGGUUCAAGGGCAGCCGGAAGGACGAAAUCCUGGGCAUUGCCAAUAACCGCUUGAUCCGCAUUGACCUGGCUGUCGGGGAUGUGGUGAAGACGUGGCGGUACAGCAACAUGCGCCAGUGGAAUGUCAACUGGGAUAUCCGCCAGGUGGCCAUCGAGUUCGACGAACACAUCAACGUGGCUUUCAGCUGCAUUUCCGCCAGCUGCAAGAUUGUGCAUGAAUAUAUUGGCGGCUACAUCUUCCUGUCCACCCGCACGGCUGAAAGUGCCCAGGAGCUGAAAGAAGACCUUUUCCACAAGCUGACGGGUGGCCAUGAAGCUCUCUGACCUGGCACUACCAAGCAACACUUCCUCCCCAGCAGCACACACGCUGGCCUGCCUUCUCAAGGAACGGUCUGGCCAGCGCUGAUGGAAACCUGAGGUGCCCCCUAAAGACUUGAAAGGCCAAGCUAUAACUGAUGCUGGGGGCUAAUGAUCAGAUUCCCCACCACCACCCAAUUGACUUCUGUGUAGGUGCCUGUAGAGUUGCCAAUUCUGGGUUGGGGAAUUUCUGGAGAUUUGAGGUUUGGAGUCUGGAGAAAGCAGGGUAAAAAGACAGUACUUGUAGUGUGUCUGUCUUUUCCCUCCAUAUUAGGGCUAAACACAGCCGAGGGGGCAAAUUUCAGGGAAACUGCAUUGAGUGGGGAGAGUUAUUUCUCCUAUUGGGUCCCCCCACAGCUGCUUUUGCAUUUCACAGGCCUCAUAAUUACGUCUCAGGGAUCUGAUGUGGGGGAGCAGGGGGGAGUAGUCCAUUUUAUUUUAAAGGUAUGGGAUUUUUUUAAAAAAUUCUGUUUUACUGAAGGCCCCUCAGCUGAGUUUUGCUUUUUGUAUUCUUAUCUACCCUAAAGA